AUGGCUUACGUCGAUCGCAGCGGUGCGCCAAGUGGUGCAUGGCGCCCCGCCGGCAAUGGGCCUCCGCGCGCCCUGCUGGCGUUUGUCACAGGCAUCGUAAAUUUUAUCAUGUACUUCUUCCGCACCAUCCUCAACCCUUCAGCGGCACAGGAGUACUCGGGGCGCAGCAGACGCGGCGGCGGCGGCGGCGGAGGGCCGGGCGGAGGCCCGCCCCGCCCGCCGCGCGGCCCUAGGAUUACAGGGCUGAGCGACUUGCGAGACGCUGGCGGCGCGGCAGCCUGCGGUGCGGGCGGCUGA